AGGGAGCGUAGGUGAGAGGGGGGAUCCCCCCCGCUGGCAAAUCCUACUGUUCCCGCAAAAGGAGACAAUUUUCGCUACACGUGCGACGUCUGUGGCAAAAAGUACAAAUAUUACAGCUGUUUUCAAGAGCACAGGGACUUGCAUGCGGUGGAUGGUAAGUAUUCAAGCCUGCACCUGUCAGAGACACCUAUAUCCAUAUGAUGGUAACGUCAGGGGACGCAAAAGAAGAGGACCUAGAACCAUUUGUCAAACUUGGUCCAAAAACCGGUAAUUACAUGUGUGAAUUCUGUGGCAAGCAGUACAAAUAUUACACCCCGUACCAGGAGCACGUGGCGUUACACACCCCUAUCAAAAGCGCUUUCAGCCAAGACGUGGAGGCCAAACAGUCCAAUAACUAUGAGGAAACCAACAGUAACUCCCAGCAUUCCAGCGCUGGUUCCAGUCGGACACCCGCAGGGAUGUCUGACCUGGUGGGAGGCGGCGGAGGGAGCCUGGCCAGUUGGCAGAAAGAAUCCACCAGUCCAAUGAUUUCGGGCCCGUUCCCCCUCAUACAAGGCAAAGGAUGGAAGAAAAAAAUUAAAAGGAAGGAGGAAACGAGUAACAAGUCUGUGAAAGAGGAGAAAAGCUGUAAAGCAGAAGAACCGUACACUUGUGGGGCAUGCGGAAUACAGUUCCAGUUUUACAACAAUCUCCUGGAGCACAUGCAGUCUCAUGCUGCUGACAAUGAGAACAACAUCGCCACCAACCAGUCCCGACCACUGCCGCCCUCCGAGGAAAACUGGAAGUCGCAACCCCAAAGAAACAACACAAACAACACAGCAGCAGUGGCAGUGGCUACAACAGCGUCUGCGGCACCGGUGCCAAUCGCCAACAACUCUCUCCCUGAAAAGGAACGCCAGCACAUUGCAGAACGACUGCUGAGGGUUAUGUGCGCCGACCUCGGAGCCCUGAGCGUGGUCAACGGGAAGGACUUCCUCAAGCUAGCACAGACUCUCGUAGACACUGGAGCGCGUUACGGGUCUUUUUCUGUAAAUGACAUUUUGGGCAACAUGAACACGCUGGCUUUGAAACAUUUACCCCGAAUGUACAACCAAGUGAAAGUCAAGGUGACCUGCGCCCUGGGGAGCAACGUCUGCUUAGGGAUCGGGGUCACCUGCCACUCGCAAAGCGUGGGAACGGACUCCUGCUACGUACUAACUGCAUACCAGGCCGAAGGGAACCAGAUAAAACGCUACGUGCUGGGAAUUAAAGACUUGGAUAACAGAGACAGCGGAGAGUUCAUCCACCAGUGGGUGCAGAAUGUACUCUCGGAGUUUGUUAUGUCGGAGAUCAGGACAGUUUAUGUGACGGACUGCAAGGUCAACUCUUCCGCUUUCUCCAAGGUUGGGACCUGUCUGCGUUGUUCGGCUUGCUCCUUGAACUCUGUGGUACAAAGCGUGUUAAACAAACGCACCUUGCAAGCUCGCAAUAUGCACGAGGUCAUAGAACUUCUCAAUGUUACAGAGGAGCUGGCUGGGUCCUCCGGAAUUGCUAGGGAGACUUUUGGCUCCUUGGAGGAAAGCUGUCCCCCUCCCUGCUGGAACUCUGUGACGGACUCCCUCUUGCUUGUUCAUGAGCGUUACGAGCAGAUCUGUGAAUUUUACAGCCGGGCAAAAAAGUUGAACAUUAUCCAAAAUCUAAACAAACAUCUACUGAGUAACUUAGCCGCUAUACUAGCCCCGGUGAAGCAAGCGGUCAUCGAGCUCAGCAACGAACGCAAACCAACCCUGCAGCUCGUUCUUCCCACCUACGUCAAGCUGGAGAAGCUCUUCACCUCGAAAGCUAAUGACGCCGGAGUCAUCAGCAAACUCUGCCACCUCUUCCUGGAAGCUUUGAAGGAGAACUUCAAGGUUGAGUCUGCCCACAAAGUGGCCAUGAUUUUGGACCCUCAGCAGAAACUACGUCCAGUUCCGCCAUACCAACACGAGGAGAUUAUUGCUAAAGUCUGCGAGCUAAUUAAUGAAGUGAGAGAUGGGGUGGAAGAGGCCGACUUUGAGACUCCAACCAAAAAACCCAGACAAUCUACCGACACGACCAAAGUUCAGGAAGAGGACCGGUUGGGGAAAAAUGAAGUUUAUGACUAUUUGCAGGAGCCUCUCUUUCAGGUGACACCUGACCUUUUUCAAUACUGGUCGUCCGUUGCCCAAAAACACAUCAAACUCUCCAAACUUGCCUUCUGGCUGCUGGCGGUGCCAGCUGUUGGCGCCCGGAGCGAAUGUGUAAAUAUGUGCGAACAGACAUUGCUUAUUAAAAGGCGGAGACUUCUCAGCCCGGAAGACAUGAAUAAGAUCAUGUUUCUCAAAUCAAAUAUGCUUUAAAAAAAGAAAAAAAAAUUUUUGGAGCGGGGUAUAACACUUAUUUUAAAUAAAACACUGUUCCAAAAAAAAAAGAAAAAGUGAAUGACAAAAGGAAUUCAUGCUGAAAACACUGUGGACCUCAAAAAGGAGAAGCUAGGAACCAAUUCCUUAUUUUUUAGUUUUUUGCUGAACUAGAGAGACGCAGAUUGGAAUAAUGUUUUUUGUUUUUUUGUUGGAUUCGUAACAAGUUGCAUAGAAACAACAGCGACUCGUUAACACUCCAGGCAGCUGACCUCCAAAGUCACUUGAAAAUGCAUUUCUACAUUUCUCAAAAUCGGUUUAUCUCUACUUAUAACAAGUAUUUAUUUUCAGGGUACUGACAGGGCCUUAUUACAUACAGUGUAUGUGGGUAAGGCAACCUUCAAAUCACAAAAAUACAGAAAAUACAAUUUUAUCUGGGAAAACAACCCCGUUAAGGGAACAAUUUGGAGCCGUUAAAUGACUUUAAGAACUAGAUUGUCGUCGCUAAACUCCAUUCCCUAUUUUGUGUUAAUGGUUUGAAGAAUCUCUUAGGAAUGAGUAUUGUAUAUUCUAAAACGGAAAGUAACCCCCGUUGAAUUGUUCUUCUUGGGGUUCUUGGUUUUCGUAAAAAAAAUUUUUUUUUUUUUUUUUUUAGGUCUGUUCUCUAAACUACUGUAUUCUAAUUCUGCUGUUAUAACUCACGUUCUUUGUUCACUGUUAAUUUGUUUUAUCCGAAUAAUAUAAAGCUGUUUUAACACUUA